CUCCCAGAGUCCCAGUAUCAGUCAAGUGUCAACUCUGGUGUUUACAGUACCAAAAUGUAAUUUAUACAGAUUUUUUUCAAAGACAGAAGUCUUAUGGAUGCGAUUUAAUGUUGUACUUUAUAUUCGUAAACCAUGGGGGCCAAGGGUUUUCCAUCUCUUACCAAUUACAAGAGGUUUUUUGUUGUUUUAUUCGCCGUUUUGGUUGUAUCUAUCAUAGCUAUUUUAAUCGGCCUGGUCAACGUUUUUACAAGAGGGUUUUACUCAAUUGACUCCAGCUAUGAGAGUCUUAAUUUGAACGAACUGGACAGGAUCCAGGAGGUGAUGGUGCCAUCGGACACUGUCGUGUCGAGUGGGCCGUUUCCUAAAUGCAGCUACUAUGACUGCUUCAACAUUUACAAGUGCGGUCACAAAGGCUCAUCCAACAUCCUGGUCUAUGUGUAUCCACUGAAAAAGUACAUAAAUGAAAAAGGUGCACCGAUCGGCAGCCAGAUGUCGAAAGAGUUUUACACCCUGUUGGAUACGAUUGUUAAAAGUAGAUAUUACACGCCAAACCCAGAAGAAGCUUGUGUUUUUGUCGUCUCAAUCGACACGCUUAAUCAGAAUAGGUUCAAAACAAAAGAGACUUCACAAGCUCUAGCCUUAUUGCCGUACUGGCACAAUGGGGACAACCACAUCGUAUUCAAUAUGAUUUCUGGUGUGGCACCAGAUUUUAACACUGUGGUAGAUCUUGCCCUAGGUAACGCCAUAGUCGCAGGUGCCGGAUUUGACACGUGGACUUACAGAAUUGGGUUUGACAUCUCGAUCCCAGUUUUCAGCCCAUUAUCAAACAAUAUAAAGCAGCACAACUACAAACGAAAAUGGCUGGUAAUUAGCUCUCAGCUUAAUAUACAUCCAGAGUACACUGCAGAAUUAAUGGAGAUAGCGGCAAAUAAUCCAAAACUUCUUGUUCUCGAAGCUUGUGAUGGAGAAAUUAACUCAACAUUAAGAUGCAGUGGAGAUAAAAGGACAUAUCAUUAUCCUCAUAUAUUACAAAGGGGAGAAUUUUGCUUGGUUAUGAGGGGCGCAAGGCUAAGCCAACCAUCACUGAUUGAUGCCAUGGCUGCUGGGUGUAUUCCGAUAGUCAGUGCUGACACGAUCGUGAUGCCAUUCGCUGAUGUUCUUGAUUGGAGAAGAGCCGCCAUAAUGCUCGGAGAGGCAGACCUUGGUUCACUUAUGACAGUGGCAGAAGCUGUACCUUUAGAAAAAAGGCUUGAAAUGAGUGAACAAUGUAAGUGGCUUUAUUCCAAGUAUUUUUCAUCCAUGGAGACUAUAACUAUGACGACUCUGGACAUUCUGAACGAUAGGGUUUAUCCACAAAAUGCUAAAGUUUAUGAAGACUGGAAUAAUCAACCGUUGAAGACGCCAAUGAAAUCACCGUUGUUCUUAGAAGUGACAUCACCAAAAUGGCAAGGGUUCACUGCUGUUGUGCUUACUUACGAUCGUGUUGAUAGUCUGUUUGGACUUAUUCAGAAAUUGGUUAAAGUCAAUAGCCUUUCAAAAGUGUUAGUUAUCUGGAACAACCAGAGAAAAUCGCCCCCUCAUUUCUCACUCUGGCCCAAAGUGUCAAAGCCGUUAAAAGUAAUUCAGACCAAAGCGAAUAAAUUAUCAAAUCGGUUUUACCCUUAUGAAGAAAUCGAAACCGAGGCAAUACUUACAAUAGACGAUGAUAUUGUUAUGUUAACAGCAGAUGAAUUGGAAUUUGGAUACGAAGUUUGGAGAGAAUUUCCAGAUAGGAUAGUUGGUUUUCCUUCCAGAGUGCAUGUCUGGGAUAAUGUGACUAACAGAUGGAAGUACGAGUCAGAAUGGACUAAUCAAAUAUCAAUGGUUCUUACUGGUGCCGCUUUUCACCAUAAGUAUUGGAGCUACAUGUAUACGACUUCAAUGCCUGGCAACAUUAAAGAGUGGGUCGACGAGCACAUGAAUUGUGAAGACAUCGCAAUGAAUUUUCUCGUUGCAAAUGUUACAAAUAAAGCCCCGAUCAAGGUCACCCCUAGGAAAAAAUUUAAAUGCCCAGAGUGUGUGAAUAACGAAAUGCUCAGCGCCGAUUUGAACCAUAUGAUCGAGAGAUCAAACUGUAUAGACAGGUUUGCUACCAUUUACGGCAGAAUGCCUCUGAGAUCUGUCGAGUUUCGAGCCGAUCCUGUUCUCUACAGAGAUACAUUCCCUGAAAAGCUCAAGUGGUUCAACAACAUCGGAAGUCUUUAAUUUAUUACGCUCAUGCGUUUGAAAAGCAUGCUAGCUUUGAGAAUUAAUCUGUUAGUCAUUAUUUGUGAUAAUUAUUACAAAAAAAUGUACAAUAUAUGAACUUUUAAAACCAAAUUUGUUUAUUGAUUGUAAUAUAUUAUUGAUAGACUGUAUUAUAUUUAAGAUGUACUUAUUACAUUGUUUUAAAAAAUAAUUAUUUGUUAGCUCUUAUUACGUAAUGUAAUAUAUAAAUUAUUAAGAAAUAUUGCCAAAUGUUUUGAUGUACAAGG